CUCACGGCCUCCCCCCUCACUCCUCCCAAAAUGCAAUUCGUCUAUCCGAUCGUCUCUGCCUUACAGGCGCAGCAGCAGCGAUCGGCCGGAGCCCUAACUGACUCGCCGGAAAAAUGGCCUGUAUAAACUCCUCCUCCUCCGCCGCCGCCGCCCUAUCAUUGCUAAGGAACUGUGGAAGUGUAAGAGCGAUGGCGAGAAUUAAAUCACUGAGAGGAGGAAGAGGAGGAGCGUCGCCAGUCUCCUUCGUUCCCCAAACUCAGCGCCUUUUCCACCUUCCUCUUCAAUUUCGCAGAGCCAUCUCUCAUGUUAGUGCUACAAAUGAUGAAGAGGCCUCUGCAAGAGCAGCUGUUGACACUGGAGCUCCAACCAUAUUUGACAAGAUCAUUGCUAAAGAGAUCCCCUCCACUAUAGUGUACGAGGAUGAGAAAGUCUUAGCAUUUCGAGAUAUUAAUCCACAAGCUCCUGUUCAUGUUUUAGUCAUUCCUAAGUUUAGAGAUGGAUUGACACAGCUAGGCAAGGCUGAAGCAAGACAUCAUGACAUUUUGGGCGAUCUUCUCUAUGCUGCAAAAAUAGUGGCAGAGAAAGAAGGUAUUCUUGAUGGAUUCCGUGUUGUUAUCAACAGUGGUCCAACUGCAUGUCAAUCAGUUUACCAUGUUCACCUGCAUGUACUUGGAGGGAGGCAGAUGAAUUGGCCGCCUGGUUAGAUUGGAUUCGGUUGCUUUGUAACUCCUGAUGGUUUCUUGUUCCCAUUCUGUUCUAGUACUGUUCUAUUUACAUUAUCACUGUGCAGAGACUAGUAAAAGACUCUGGCAUGGCCGUAUUUUGCAAUGCUUCCAAGCAAUGAGAGAUGGAGUUGUGGGAAAUCUUUUGCAAUUUCUCUUGGUAGAUUAAUUAUUGUAGAUUGUUGUACCUGAGAUUGUAGGUAACACCAUAUGUAUAAGACUGAUGGGAGCUUACAACUUUCAACAGUUAAACCAAAAAAUUGCCUCAACCUUGGGCACGUGCAGCAUACAUACAUAAUAUGAGAACCUUCACAAUUGAAUUAUAUAUA